UUUGUCAGGAAUAGAAUAGAGUGGAAUCAUUGUGUUUAUGUCUUCUUUCCCUGUAAAUCGAAAUUGUAAUUUCCAUCAAAAAUAAAAAAACUCAAAACCCUAACUUCUUCAACCAAAAUCAUCAUCAUCGUUAUGAUUGAAUAAGAAGAAUCAAAGAAGAAGAAGAAGAAGAGAAAGAGAAUAAGGUAUUGUUAUUGUUGUGAUUAUGUACAGAGAAAGAGGAGGCGUUGGAUCCAAAGCGGAGGUUGCAUCCGUUGAUCGGAAACGAAUCAACGACGUUCUUGACAAGCAACUCGAACGAUCCUCACCGUCCACUUCUAGGACAAUCAACGGUGGUAAAGAUAGGUCCUCUUCUUCCUCUCUUUUAACCGUUAAAGAUCAUAGGGACCCUCGCUCCAACACUCUCUCAAAAAAUGCUUCCGAUGAUGCAUUGGCUGCAGAGGAAUCUGAAACGGACAGUGAAGAGUCUGAUGUUAGUGGUUCCGACGGUGAUGAUACAUCUUGGAUCUCGUGGUUUUGCAAUUUGAGAGGAAAUGAAUUCUUUUGUGAGGUUGACGAUGAUUACAUCCAAGAUGACUUCAAUCUGUGUGGUUUGAGCAGUCAAGUGCCUUAUUAUGAUUAUGCUCUUGAUUUAAUUUUGGAUGUUGAGUCCUCCCAUGGUGACAUGUUUACCGAGGAACAAAAUGAGUUAAUCGAAUCAGCAGCGGAGAUGCUUUAUGGUAUGAUUCAUGCCCGUUAUAUAUUGACCAGCAAAGGACUGGCUGCCAUGCUGGACAAGUACAAGAACUAUGACUUCGGUAGAUGCCCAAGAGUUUACUGCUCCGGACAACCUUGCCUUCCAGUUGGCCAGUCCGACAUUCCUAGGUCUAGCACUGUGAAGAUAUAUUGCCCGAGGUGUGAAGACAUUUACUAUCCUCGGUCCAAGUAUCAAGGCAACAUCGACGGGGCUUAUUUUGGUACUACAUUUCCUCACCUGUUGCUGAUGACUUAUGGACAACUGAAGCCACAGAAACCAUCACAGAACUAUGUUCCGAGAGUUUUUGGAUUCAAACUUCAUAAGCCAUAAAGCUGAAGUUGAAAGAAUGUGUUGUUGUAAAGAAACAUUGAAGACGUGUGAUGCAAAUUCUAUGUUUCAAUUUUGGCUUCGAACUUCACCAAGCUUCAUGUUUAAAGAGCAAGUGCUUAGGUACUUCAGUGCACUCUUAAUUGGUUAUAGCAAAUUGUAUUCUUGCUGUUAGUUGCACUUAAUGUUGUUUAUGAUUAUCUCAGAUAACAGAUGCCCUGCUAUAUUAUAUUGUUUUAUUCCAUUUCCUCCCCUCCCACAUUAACCGUAGCGUUUGAAUUUGAAUUUGUGGAUUGGACAUCGUUUGGUUCACACAUUUGAUUUUAUAAAUUCAAGUGCUAUACUGUUAAGUCUGUCAA